AUGUCUUUGCAGGUUAACUUAUCUAGCAAAGAGAUCAGCGAGGCGUACCAAAAUGUCGUCGCUGGCAGAAACAUAGAUUGGGUAAUAUACACAUACGACAAGGGUGGAAAUGACCUCAAAGUGCAGGCCACUGGGAAUGGUGGGCUCGAGGAAUUAGAAGAGGAGUUCUCGGACGGACGGAUGCAGUACGCGUUCGCGCGUGUCAUAGAUCCUAAUAGUAAACUGGCCAAGUUCGUACAAAUAAACUGGUGUGGAGAUGGAGUGCCCGAAGCCAAGAAAGGUCUAUUCCACACUCACUCCAGCGCCGUUGCGAAGUUCCUCCGCGGUUCUCACGUUGUGAUCAGUGCUCGCAAUGAGUCCGAUGUCACGCCCGCGCUCAUAAUGAAGCGUGUGGAAGCGGCAUCUGGGGCAAAAUACUCAGCGCACAAUGAACAGGCGCGAAAGUUCGAACCGAUCACCCCUGUCGGUACGAGCUACACGCCUGUCGGGCGGCCCGACAUCACGGCCAUGCGGAACCAGCCGCCACCGAAGAAUGUUGCAUCAUCCACGCCUUCAGCGCCGAAACCUGUUACAACAUCAUUUAAGCCUGCGAUACCCACUGCCCCGCGCCCUGUUGUUGGUGGCGCUACUUCUGCACGACCUGUUGGUACAGGGAAAGCCCCCGCUGGUGCUUGGGAAGAAGAGGCAAUUUCUGCAUCAUUUCCUCCACCGCCUCCACCUGCUGCGUCACGCCCUCCGGUCAUACCUAGCGCUCCAAGGCCUGCUUUUUCCUCUUAUGUUGGGACUACCGCUGCACGCUCUACUCCUGCAGCUCCUACUGCCCCGCCUGUCGUCCCUUCCUCUAGUGUACCCGUAAAACCUACAGAAGAAGAUCGUAUUGCGCCAGUAGGUACCGCAUGGACCCCUGUCAAACUCACACCAGGCAGGCUGAAGAAUCCGUUUGCACAAUUCGAGCAGCAGCAAGCUCCUCCACCCCGCGCACCUACUGCCGGCGGAGAAAAGAAACUCACCUGGAGCGAACGCCAACUUCUAGCAAAAAAACAAGUAGAAGAAGAAGAGCAACGAAGUAGACGGGCUUCGUGGCAAAGCCCCGCAUCUACAGGUUUAAGCAGUGGUUCGAGCCAAGGAAGGUUUGGCGCGAAAUUUUCCACUGCUGCUCCACCGCCGCCUCCACCGGCUCCCCCUGCUUCGACACGUCCACGAUUUGUGCCGCCUCCGCCUCCCGAGCCAGAACCAGAAGUAGAGGAGGAGGAGGCUGCUCCGCCGCCGCCACCACCACCACCACCACCACCACCGGCAUUUGCGCCUGCGCAUGUUGAACUGGAAGAAGAGGAAGCGGCACCCCCACCGCCUCCGCCGCCGCCGCCACCGCCACCACCCCUUCCACCUGUAGCCCAGAUGCAGGCACUGAGUGUGGUGUCAGAACCUGAGCCCGAGCCAGAACCAGAACCAGAACCAGUGCAUAAUGAGGGACAGGGUGUCUGCGCGGUCGUAUUAUAUGACUAUGAGGCUACGGAAGAUAAUGAAAUGAACUUGAUGGAAGGUGAACUUAUCGAGCAGAUUGAACAGAUUGACGAAGGUUGGUGGAGUGGCGUUGGCCAAGGUGGUGAAAAGAACGGUUUGUUCCCUGCGAAUUACGUGGAAAUCGUGGAGCAAUCUGAGGAAGAGGCCCCUCCGCCACCGCCACCACCGCCACCACCACCGCCCCCGCCGCCUCCAGCUCCGGCAAUGCUGUCCGCUCCUGAGCCAGAACCGGAACCCGAAGUUUCUGCUGCCGACGAGGGCAUCGUAGCAGUGGCUAUUUACGACUAUGAAGCCGCCGAGGACAACGAGAUAUCAUUCCUUGUAGGCGACAGAAUUGUUGAAAUCGAGGCGAUUGGCGAAGGGUGGUGGCAAGGCAAGAAUCCACAGGGCGAUAUCGGAAUGUUCCCUGAAAAUUAUGUGGAACUACAAGAAUGA